GUUUCGUCGACUGCCCGCCAUUAACCUUUCCAGUCACAGUCUCCCUUCAUUCCAACACCAGUCAUCACAGCACAAUGGGAAACAACCCAGUAUUUGCAGUGACCGUAUUCUUCAUUGUCUUUCGAGAAUGUCUGGAGACAACCGUCGUAGUCUCUGUUCUUCUGGCUUUUCUGAAACAGUCGCUAGGACCUGGAUCUGGCGGCGGCAGUAAGACCUAUAACAGUCUUCGCAAACAGGUCUGGGUGGGAUGUGCACUGGGGCUGUUUGUAUGUCUUGCAGUAGGCGGAGGCAUGAUCGGUGCUUUCUACGGCCUUGGAACCGAUGCAUUCGCGAACACGGAAUAUAUCUGGGAAGGCGUUUUGGGAAUCGUCGCAUCCAUUAUUAUUUCGGUUAUGGGCGGUGCUCUACUUCGGGUGUCCAAAAUCCGGGACAAGUGGCGGGUGAAACUCGCCAAGGCACUCGAACAUAAAGAGAAUGGGGGUGGACAACAGCAGCAGCAGAGUCGCAUAAAGACGUGGAUGGAGAAAUAUGCCAUGUUUUUCCUGCCUUUCAUUACUGUCCUCAGAGAAGGGCUCGAGGCUGUGAUCUAUGUUGGUGGGGUUGGCCUGGGACAGCCUGCUACGGCCUUUCCGCUGGCGGUGGUGUGUGGUCUUGCGGCUGGGAUUUUGGUUGGAUAUAUUAUUUACAGAUUUGGGCAAACGACAUCCAUGCAAAUCUUCUUAGUCAUUUCCACCGGGUUUCUUUACCUCGUCGCUGCUGGGCUGCUCUCCCGUGGUGUCUGGUACUUUGAAGCCAACACCUGGAACAAAGUAAUCGGAGGAGACGCAGCAGAGACAGGCGCCGGACCCGGGUCAUACGAUAUCAGACAGAGCGUGUGGCAUGUGAACUGCUGCAGCCCCGAGAUAAACGGCGGUGGUGGUUGGGGUAUUUUCAACUCCCUCCUGGGAUGGACCAAUUCGGCUACGUAUGGCUCUGUCGUCUCCUACAAUCUAUACUGGGUGUGUGUGAUGGUCUGCUACGGCUUGAUGAUUUACCGCGAAAGAUCGGGGCCCAUUGCGGUGAUUGAUCCGGUCCUCGACCGGAUUGCUGGGUACAAGGCGAAAACCAAGGCAGCCAUUCUUCGUCGGCCGGUGGAUACAGAUACUCGUCCUGGGAAUCAAGUGGCUGAUAGCGUUGAUCAGGGAAAGAGUGGACAGGGAACUUCUGCGAGGCAAGCUGAAGUUUGAGGAGGUUUGAGUGGAGAGGCUUGGGAGUUUGGAACACCCAUUUGCCGGGACUGGCAGCGUGAGAGUGAAUUGGCGGGAAUUAACGGAGAUUGAGAUCUCGCAUCGGGGCAAAACAGACGAGGAGGAUGGGGUGGGGGUGGAACAUGUUGUGCGGCAGACACGGGCAGAUUUGCUUGAUCUCAUUAGACUAAAAUGUGUUUUUGUAAUACCAGCGGGGCCGUAAAAGUUAAUCCCUGUUCUGGCCAGUGGGGGGCGCGUAUGAUAUGCUUAGUUGGUCUUAGCAAAGAGCUUGUCGUCUUCCAUCAGCACUUUGGGCGCUGUCACCCAAUGACCCAACAAUCUGAAUUAAGAGGCACUGUG